CACACAGCCUUAACAUUGCAACGCAAUUUCCGUCAGACAAUUAUACGAUAGAGUCAGUGCCAUGAAUUCCGUCGGGUAUUUAUCAGGGGAAAUUAGAUGCUCGUGAUAAAAGGUAUAACUCAUUUAUAAUUGUUUUCAACUGAAAAGAGGAAUAUUACAUAAAUUACUAGCCAAUCGGUGAACCGGUUAAUUUUAUUAAUUUCCAAUACCAUUAGUUUAAUUAAUAAUAUCUUAAUUCGAUUAGUACUAAAGAACAACUUUCUAGGUCUGACUAUGGCAGUGCAGUCAAACAUUAAAUUUGUAAAAGAAAUACUUUAUAUAACUGGAUAUAUGUUUUGCAACGAAAUACACACGUUACCAUAACAACGUUGGAAGGUUAUACAACAACAACAACGAGAAAGAAAGACAGUAGAUCUCAUUGUCAAAGUGUUCAGCUUGAUUCAAUGGCGAUUCAGUACUCGGACAAACACACGGACAUUGUGAACUUGAAUGUGGGAGGGACUAUAUUUGUUACUACAAUGAGAACGCUAAAAUCCGUCUCAGACACGCGUCUUUCCGGAAUUUCUACAAACUCUUCGGAAUUUAUAGCUGGUCAAAAUAUGUAUUUCUUUGACAGAAAUCCAGAACUUUUCCAUUCUGUUUUGGAUUUUUACCGCACGGGUGAAUUGCAUCUACCCAAGCACGUGUGUGGGCUGCCAUUACGAAAUGAGCUCGAGUACUGGCAGAUUUCCUCGAGCAGUAUCUCGGAUUGUUGUGUGCCGAGCUUGUUUAAAUUUGAAGACGAAUUAGAAGUUACCAACAAUCUACGUCGACAAUUUGAAACCAAAAGUGUAGAGUAUACCAAAGAACAAUUACAAGCCAGUAAAUGGAACAGAAUUAAAAAUGUGUUUUGGAAUGUGAUGGACAGGCCAACAUCAUCUAGACUAGCACGGAUUUACAGCAUCCUGUACAUGUUAUUUGUGAUGACGACUUGCGUCAUCUUCAUCUUAAGUACCCAUGAAUACUUCCGUGUACCAAACAAAGAAACUGUGACUAUCAACUCGACGCACACAAUUACCGCCUACCAAUACCUUCUAGAACAACACAACAACAAUCCGAAGGUUGCUCUUCUUGGGUCGACAGAUUUAAGACCAAGUCUUUAUAUUCUGGAUAAAGUGUGUGCAGUAUUUUUUAUUUUAGAGUUUUUUAUACGCUUCGUUGUAUGUCCAGCGCGUAUAGAUUUUUUGAAAAGUUGGCUCAAUAUUGUUGACCUAGUGAUUGUGUUCGCGUUGUUGUUAACUGGAAUUAUGGAGUUCUUUAAUGAUUUCUAUACGAGCAAAGCGUUACUAUGGUUAUUCUUGAUAGGGAGAGGAGUUAUCAUUUUGAGACUCAUACGACUGUUUCGUUUUGCCAAGCAUUUUAGUGGUCUGAAAAUUCUUUAUUUAGCUUUGAGAGCAAGCUUCGAAGAAUUGGGACUCUUAUGUCUAACAUUCAUGAUAACAACUUCUCUAUUUGGGGCUCUUGUCUUCUAUGCAGAGUUUUACGAACCAACAAAUUUUAGCAAUGUUCCUAUAGCGAUAUGGUGGGCCAUUGUUACCUUGACAACUGUGGGUUACGGUGAUUACUACCCAGUUACCGUUCCAGGAUAUUUUGUGGGUGCAUUGUGUGGAAUGUGCGGUUUACUUUUGCUUUCUAUGCCAAUUGCAAUCAUUGCAACCAAUUUUAAUGACUAUUACAAUCAAAAUAAAAUCAGAGAAAAACAAAUCAAUCGUAAAAAAGAUAUCUUUAACAAAAUCAAAAAGUUAUUCAGCAAUAAAAACAUGAUUAAUGUGAUGCAUGUAGAUGGAAUACCAGCAAUCAACGGUAGGCCAAAAACAGCACGUUUACCGGAAAUAGAAGGCCCACCAAAUCCGGAAACGGAACCUAAAGCAACGACGGCGACACCGAGAGAGGUUAAUGUAGCCUUUAAAAAGGCUGGUGCAAAAAUUAUGGCAUCGAACCGACACUAGAUUUAUGACAGGAAUGAAGAAUGUUGAUUUUUAAAUUUUUCAAAGUAUCUUUCAUUUACUGCCAUUAACAAAUUUAUGUUAAGGGAGAACAAGGCUUUUUAGUUUAAACAUAUUUGAUUUGUUAGAGUAUAUACAUAUUACAUGUUACAAUUUACAAUAUAUACAAAUCAUUUUAAAUGUGCUAAAAAACAGGAUUAGAAUGAAAGACAAAGUGUUUUAUGAAAUUCUUCUCCUUACACAAGGCUUUUGAAAAUAAUGACAAUGUUUUGUUUUUCAGUUGAUAAGAUGAUAACAAUUUGUUAAGUUAUUGAAUCAAUACUUUAAAACUAGCUACAGUUUUAGAAAUGUUUUAUUGUAUGAAAGAAAUAUAAUGAAUCGUUUUGUUGAACAUUGAUAAAUGGCAAAUGUAUUAAAGUUUACCCAUU